AUGAAGGCCGCCAUCCACAAGAAGGAGAAACAGUUCGCCGAGUCUUAUGCCACCAACCUGGCGGACGCGCGACACCUCCAGCGCACCCUCGAGGACGACAUCCUGCCGGGCAUGGCGGACGAGCUCGGUCUCGAUGGGGCCGGCGAGCAGCGUGCCUUGCAGUGGCUCCACGAUCUCCAGUCCAUAUUCCGGCUGCUGCGUCGUCACAAGUUCACCUCGUCCUUCGCCCUGGAAAACGCACGAGAUGUCCUCUUGUGGCGGUUAGCUAUCAUACCCCCAACAAUACCUCGUCCGAUACCUACCUUCAUGCAGUGUCUCCCGCUGGACUCGCUGGAUCCAUUCGGUCGUCCCAUUGUGGUCAUCAAGCUAACUACGAUGUUGGAGUCAUCGGCGGACGUUCGUACCGCUCUCAUCCAAUAUAUCGAAACGCUACGACGGAACCUUGUUGCGAUGAACCUCGAGAAGCACAAGAGCUGUGGUAAGGAGGGGGACGUACGCCCUAUACUUCAAUAUGUUGCCUUGGUGGACAUCGGAGGCAUUUCCGUGCAGAGUGUCAGCGUCGAAUUACUCACCUGGUUCGUCUAUGAGCUAAUACCUCGUUUUCCCGGAAUGCUUGCUGCUCUAUUAAUACUCAAUUACUCUUGGGCGCACGCCGGACUUUGGAGCAUUGUCAAGCGAGUGUUACCUAAGUCUGCACUCGCACGGAUAUUUUUUCCGACAGAGAAAGAGUUGCUGGAGUACCUAUCCCCUGCGGUCAUACCACAAGAUUACGGCGGCAAUCUGCUCCCUCUAUCUCAGCUUGAGGAUCCCUUGGAGAACUUCAUGGUCGACGACCCUGGCCCUGCUGAUCCAGAUGGCCCAUCUCGGUCUUCCACCAACAGUUCCGCUCACGACCUGCCCGUGUCCGAGCAGCCGAAGAACGAUCUCUCUCGCGUCCCGUCAAUGUCCCCAACCUCGCAUCUCAAUCCGUACUUUGGCUACCCCGUCUCUGCCCAGGGGGCACCGACCCCGCGGCUCAGACAUGGGCGGCAGCGGAAACGAGAUCUCGUCCGGACGCUUGUGUUGCUCUGGUGGGACAAGUGGAAGGACCGGGCCACGGUGCUCCUCUGUGUCGCCCUGCUCGUCAUGUCGUUUAGGCUUAGACGACACCCAUCUCUCGUCGGCUGGCGGCAGGGCGUGUGGGCGCUCCUUCGUCUACCUGUUCGCCCACGUCCAUAA